AGCUUUCGCGUCUUUAUAAAGAGGGGGAGAAACGGCUACUUCUCUAAUACUUUUGGGACCACUCUCGUUAAGAAUAUUAUCCGGGUGCUUUCUAUUCUAUUUCGAUUUUUCGUCGGCGAUGGGAAGAAAAUAAAAGGUAUAUAUAUAUAUAUAUAUAUAUAUAUAUAUAUAUAUCGAAAAUACGUAAUCAAGUUGAUACGAUGAAGAGAAAUGAUCUUUCGAUCUUCGAAUACAAGGCUCCUUCUUAAAGCGAGUUAACAAAGAAAUAUAAAACAAAAAAUUGUACUUAUGUAUUAAAUUAUUUAAAUAUUUGAGAUCGGGCAUAUCCCUACUGUACAUAUCCGUAAUUCAUUUAAUUGCUCUAUUAUAUAUUUAAUAGUAUAUAUAUAUAUAUAUAUGUGUGUGUAUGUAUAUAUAUAUAUAUAUAUAUAUAUAUAUAUGCUAUGUGUGUACUGCUGCACUUUUAUACGGGGCGCGUUGUAAAGCCGUUUUAAAAAAGAGAUCGUUAAAAUGAGGAAUUGUUGAAGGAAAAUAAUAAAAAAAAAAAUGUCGAUCGAAUCUAACGAUUUCAAGGAAAAAAAAAAAAAUGUCUCUAACGUGGCUCGGGCUGGCCUGAACACGCGAUCGUUUUACUCUCCGUUAAAAGUAUACACAUUAAUAUUAUAAUACAUAUACAUAUAUACGAUAUGUCGUUUCAUAUAUAAUGAACUUUAUAACACGAGAACACGUAAACACACAAAAGCGCAUAAGCGCUUCUCAUUUAUACACUACACAUAAGUAUUACAUACUACAUAUAUCAUCGCAACUAAACCAGGCUGAUAUAAUCGAAGAAAAAUGGGGCUUAUCAUCGGACAGCUUAAUGCGUUGUCAAUAAAUUAUUUAUACAAUAAUUUCAUGGGUAAGUUAAAAAGUUAACGUAUAUAUUAUAGUAGUAAUAUUCGAUCGAAAUAAAGUCGAAUCCAUACCAAAGAGAAAUGAUAAAAUUAGAUAAAUCCACUGGUAUAAUUAAUUAUUCAUCGAAAACUAAUAACUGAACGCUGAUUAUAUAUAAAUAAAUAUAUUUGUGUGUGUGUAUGUGUGUGUGAGGGUGUGGCUGUGCAUAAUAUAUAUAUAUGUACAUAAAUGUAUAUUCGUAUACAUUUAUGUACGUAUAUACAUGCAUAUGUAUAUAUAUACAGAUAUAUAUAUAUAUGUGUGUAUGUGAAUGUGCGUCUAUCGAAAUGUUAUUCGUUUUAUUUUAUAAGUUCAUUCGUUUUAUACUCAAAUCGAUCGAUCGAUCAUCGUAUCGAAAAUUCGAUGCUCUACGAUCGUCGAAUACUUAGAAUAAUGUUUAUAAUGGUUGAAACUUCGCGAAAUAUAAACUUUUAUAUAACAUCGUUCAAGUUGAAAAAUAUCAAUUAUAUUGCCGAUAUAUUUAUGUAUAUCGCUUAUAUACGUUACGCACAUACCUUUUACGUGCAUAUUAAUUAUAUUCAUUGUUUACGAAAUAAUGUUCAAUAAUUCCCAUGAAAUAUAAGAAGAAAAAAAAAAGGCUAAUAUACUUUUCUACGUCUAAUACUACAGCUUCGUAUUUUAAUUUUCUGAUUUAGCCUAAGGUGCUAAUACAUACAUAUGUACGUACAUACAUGCAUAUUAUAUUAUAUUCAGAAAGAUCGCGCAUAUAAAAUUUUUUCAUACACUUCCAUGUUGUCGUUAGGUGGUAACGCGAAAAACAAAGAUAACAAGAAAUAAAAGGGAUACAGUUAUAAACGAUAUAUUUUAUACAUAGGAUGUAUAUAAAAUUAUGAUUGUCCUUAUAUAAAAUGAGGUACAUACUCUUCUAAUUCAUUGUUUAGUUGAUCUCGAUAACGAUAAACAUUUAAUUUUUGUUAUCUUCUUUGAGAAACUUUCCUAUAAAGUAUGUUUUCAAAGAACGACCUCCAACGCAAGAAAGUAGAAAAUGUAUUCUAUUCAAAAGAGUUGUAUUCUCUAUACAAUUGGAAAAUUGGAUAAUGAAUUAGAGUUUUUUCUCUGAUUAGAAAUUAAUAACCUUCAUACGUACUUAUAUAAUGAUCUCGCGUCAGAGUAAAUAUAUGCGAACGAGUUUUAAUCGUAAAAUCGAUCGAUUGUCGACUUGACUAAAAUAAUUUCGAAAGAGCAAACUCGCUCUUCAUCGAGACUCUGUAUGACAAGAGAAUGACGAGAAUGAAAAAAAAAUAAAAUAAAAUUGAAUUAAAUAAAAAUUAAAUAAAUGAAAUCAUUACGAGGUAGAUUUAGAAUUUUAUUAGUGCGAGCGAUUACAUUCGAAUUUACGACGAUUUACCAUCACGAACGAUGUUUUAAAUAAAGAAGAAAAAGAAAAAAAAGAAAAAAUUAAAUGAAAUGAAAUAAAAUUAAAUAAAAUAAAAUUGUGAAUUUAGAACUAACGUAAAGUAAUAAUGAUGUAUCUCGAUAAUGAUGUAUCACGAGAAAAAGCCAAAAAAAAUAUAUAUAUAAUGAAAAAACUUUUCCUAGUUCUCAUCGACUAUGUUGUGUGUAGCUAUGGAUUUUGUCGCAUUUCAAUAAUCGAAGAUUAAUGAAGGAAGAGAAAAAAGGCAUUAUAAGAGAAUGGACUAUAUAAAAGUUUAAGAAACAAUAGAAAAUUCUCUCUUUGGCGUUAUUAUGUAAAAACACAUACGAGUAGAGAGCCCCUGUUCUUGUUUCGAAAGAACAUAAAAAUUAUUACAUGUCGUACACACGAAGAGGGAAAAAAGAAAAGAGAAAAAAAAAGAAAAAAAAAGAAUAAAAAAAAAAUAAGAAACGCAUGCAACCGUCUUGGAACAUAUAUAUAUAUAUAUAUAUAUAUAUAUAUAUAUAUAUAUAUAAAAGAUUUACUAUUACUACAAUGUAUUAAUAUAUUAAUAACAUUGACAUUGUUGAAACACAAGAAAAAAAAGAAAAAGAAGGAAAACAGAAAUCUACAUGUAAAUAAAUACAAAUAACAUUUUUAUAUAAAUAAUGUCGCUCCAUUUAUUCGUUUCCAAUCAUAUUUAUAUCAUAGUUUAUCUAUAUUUAUGUUUCAAUUUCAUUGUUGUUUCUAUUAUGUCUAUUAUCGUAUAAGAGAAAGAAAAAGAGAAAGAGAGAGAGAGAGAGAGAGAGAGAGAGAGAGAGAGGGAGGAGAAAAAUAGAAGAGAGAAAUAUCUUUAACGAAAAAAAUGCUUAAAUGUAUGGUAAGGUAUAACGUUGUGUGUGUGUAUAUGUAUAUAUAUAUAUAUAUAUAUAUAUAUAUAUACACAUGUACGUACAUAUGAUAAGUGCGAAUUAUCACAUAAGAAAAGAUCAACACAGUCUUAUCGGUUGUUGACGACAAGUCGUAUUUCUUGCUUCGCACAGCAGUAUUAAUACGGAGCUCUGUUUAAACGGUUGUGUCUAACGAUCCUGUGUUCGUAUACUCAUCGUUUCAUAAAAUUUUCUAUUCAGCAAUAUGCCGAAUAUAUCGUUCACCUUUAAAGGAUUAAUGGCUCCUGUAUUUACGCCAUUCACUACUGACGGGACGUUAAAAUUGGAUAUGGUACCGUCAUAUGCAAAUUAUUUAGCUGAAUACGGGAUCAAUGGAGUUCUUGUUAAUGGAACGACUGGAGAAGGUACGUCGAUGAACUUACAAGAAAGGAAAUCAGUUGCGGAAGCUUGGUCGCGAACAGUGAAAUUUACAAAUCAACAUAUGAUGGUUCAAGUAGGUGGCACAAACUUACCCGACGUGAUGGAAUUAGCCAAACACGCGGAAAGUAUAAAAGCAAAUUCUAUACUUUGUUUACCUGAACUAUACUUCAAGCCAACUACGUCACAAGAAUUAGUCGAUUAUCUGAAACAAGUAGCUCAAGCGGCACCAAAUACACCCUUGUUGUAUUAUCAUAUACCAUCGUAUACCAAUGUUAAUAUACACAUGGGACAAUUUUUAGAAUCCGUAAAAAAUGAAAUUCCAUCGCUCGUAGGUAUAAAGUUUACGAGUACUGAUCUAGUAGAAGGUACACAGGCAUUACAUAUUAACAAUAAUCAAUAUGCUGUAUUUCUUGGUUGUGAUCAGCUCAUCUCAGCUGGUUGCUCGUUAGGAUUAGAAUGUUUUAUAGCUACGAGUAUAAAUGUAUUUCCAAAACUUGUUAAAGAAUUGAUCGAUGCAAACAACUCAGCGGAAUUGAUAACAGCUAAGAAAAAACAAGAAACUUUAACAGAUACCAUUAAUAUCGUAUCUAAAUACGGUAAUUGGAUCCCAACGAUGAAAUAUGCUAUGCAGGUUAUUAGUAUGCUUCAAGUUGGACCUCCGCGUAAUCCAUUGAAACAAAUUUCGGAUAAAUCUAUGAAAUGGAUGAAAGAAGACUUGAAUAAACUCAAAGAUUUAAAUUAAUUCGUUGAUACUAUCUAAUACAUGAAAAUUAAAAUGAAGAAAAGAUACUAAGAGAAUUUCGAUUAUUAUAUCUAUUGCUUAUCUUAUUUGUGAAAUAAUACGGGAGAGAAAUAAUUUCCAUUUAUCGGAUUACAAUAUAUUAAAAUAUAUUUUAAGAAAACAUCAUUUUGAA